AUGUCCAGGUCAUCGAUGUCUUCAACACAAGCCCCAAGUAGUGGGCUUUUAACACGUACAGGAUCAAGUUAUGAGGGAGAUAUAGAAAGCUUGGCCUUAACUGAUUCAGAAAUAGAAAACUGCAGCGUUCAUUCCGUUUACUACAGCGAGUCAUGGCCUUCCCCCGCGUUUCCAAUUAUUUCAACUGGGAGAUCAAGCUCUGCUACUUUAGCCGAAGAAUCGUCGUCAUUAUUUGAAUCCGAAUAUGAUACUGAAAUAUCGAGUUCUGACACGAGCGCUGUAAUUUAUACCGACAAUGAUUUUUGUCGAGUACAAAGGACUGUGGGAGACAGACGUGCUGAGUCAGCCUUUGCCACUGAGGGCAACAAAAGGUGUAAAUGGGAAACUGAUGGUGCUAGCGAUUCUAGAAUCAAUACAGCACAUUACUCAGCUCCUUCUUUGUAUAAUGCUAAACCGAUACCCAAUGAGGCGUCAAAUUUGAGAUUUAGUGUUAAUGCAGAUGAUUUCAGUCAAGAGCUGUACCAGUCUAACGCAAGUCAACAAGACUGUAAGCAUGAAGAUAUCUUAACGAAAUUCCAGGCCAUGGAUUUCGAGAAUGGGGCACAGGCGAGAAACUCCCUUCAUAAAAAUCAGGAAAACAAUGAAUGCUCAUGAAUUAAAAGCGCUUCAUCCUUGUAAGUCAGUUGAUGACGGUCAUUUCAAUGAAGUUGGCUCGGAGGACAAGUUAAAUACUCCGGAAACAACUUUACAGGAGUCGGAAUUGGCAGAACACGAUAUCAUUGAAAAAAAAAGAUUUCUGAGAAAAAAUUUCAGUUCAGUUCUUAAAGAAGCAAGGAAGUCCGUGCGAGAAGCUCGCGGGAAUUUGAGUACGCAUGAGAUGAAAUUAAGAAGCAAACGAGCUACGAGUAAAUAUCCUCAAGUAAGAGAACCCAGAUUAACAGUAAAGGCUGAUUCAAACAAAGAAGGAAGUUUUGAGAAUUCCGUUAAGUGGGUGGUAACCAGGCCGUACGUUAACCCAAGAAGUAAAAAGUUCAUUAAACAACGCAAAAAGCAAGAUGCUAUUGAACUCGAAAGGAGGAGAGCAGAGCUAUUGAUAAUGGAAUUGAAGGGAUUAAAUUUACACGAACAAGCUGGAAAUGUAAAGAGUGCGUUGGCCUUUAAGGACAAAAAGGAGAAAGACUACGAUGAUCAACUCGAUGCAAAGAGGGAGGAUAUUAAAAAGAAGAAAAGUAUUGAAGCAUGUCACUUGAAGGAGGAAAUGAAGAGGAAACGCUUAGAAGAGAUCAGGAGAAAAGAGGAGGAGAGGAAAGAGAAAGAGGAUUUCGAAAGGAAAAAAAGAAUCGAAGAAGCAAAGAUAAGAAGAGAGAAAAAUCGAAUGCUAUGGGAAAGCUAUAACGCGGUUGUCCUUGCAAAUUCCGUUAGUAGAUCGUUCACUUUUUCUUAUUUUCCAAAGCUUCGCCCUCAGCCUUUGGAAAGGCCACAAACGGAGCCUCAAAAGAAAAGUCACUCAGAAAAUCACGUUGAUAAAUGCCAUCGGUGA